AUGCUUUGCCUUAAACGGGCAGCUGCCCAAUUGAGACUCGUCAAGUGUGUGCCUAUUUCGACACGCAGGUGGGUUUCAAAGUUUCCUCCACACAUCGUGGUAGAUGGGAAGUCGUACAAAACUGAUGAAUGGACCAACGUGCCUCCUCGUAUUCUUGAACUCACUGAUAGACGCUUGCACCAGAACCCCAAUCAUCCGAUCGGAAUUCUUCGUGAGCUAAUAGAAAAGAACUUUAAAGGCUUAGGCUACACAUUCUAUAAUGAUUUUCGGCCCAUAGUGACAACUUUUGAAAAUUUCGACGUGCUUGACUUUCCUAAAGAUCAUCCGGGCAGAGCUAAGCUGGACACGUAUUAUUUGAAUGAGGGCCAUCUUUUGAGAACUCACACUUCUGCUCAUGAGCAUGAAUGUUUUCAGAAAUGCGAAACGCCUGGUUACUUUAUCACUGCUGAUGUUUACAGAAGAGACGAGAUCGACCGAACACAUUACCCUGCGUUCCACCAGAUGGAGGGUGCAAGGUUAUGGUCACAGAAAACCCCAAAUCUUGAGCAAGUUUUGCAAGAUGACAUUGAUGCUAUUCCUGCUACAGACAUCAUUGUGGAGGAUCCGUUCAGAAAGAACCCUCUGAAUGAUGAAAACCCAAAGCAAAAGCACAUGACUGACCCAGAGGUGCGUCUUGUGGCUGCUCACUUGAAAAAGACAGUGGAAUACAUGGUGAACUUGGUUUUUGAAAGCGCAAAAGCGGCUGCAUUGAGGUCAGGCGCUGAUGACGAGUUUUUGAAAGAGCCGUUGAAGGUGCGCUGGGUAGAAGCCUACUUCCCUUGGACAUCGCCUUCAUGGGAGAUUGAGGUUUGGUGGAAGGGAGAAUGGCUUGAGUGCUGCGGCUGUGGUAUAGUACAACAGCAAGUCUUACUCAACUCAGGCCUCGGUGAGGACAAAAUUGGAUGGGCUUUCGGAAUCGGGCUCGACAGGAUCGCCAUGCUUCUUUUUGGAAUUCCGGACAUAAGGCUCUUUUGGUCUCUUGAUGAAAGAUUCAGUAACCAAUUCACGCAGGGCCAGAUCAGCUUGUUCAAGCCGUACUCCAAGUACCCAGGAAUCAAGAGAGAUGUGAGUUUCUGGAUGCCCACCGGGUCAAAUUUGCAUGUGAACGAUGUUAUGGAGCUAUUUCGUCUGCAUGGAGGAGAUUUGGUCGAGAAUGUUGAGAAAGUGGAUGAGUUUACCCACCCCAAAACCAAGAAGACGUCUCAAACCUACAGAAUCCAUUUUCAGUCGUUUGACAGAAACUUAACCAGAGAUGAAGUCAAUGAGAUCCACAAGGCAGUGGAAAAAGAGCUUGUGGAUAUGUUUGAUGUCGAGAUCCGAUAA